GGGACAAGGGGCAGAAGCUGUCAGACUCGGGCUGCACCUUCUCAGGCUUGCUUUUGUGUUAGCUACAGCCAUGCAUAUCCUGUAUACUAACUCUGGGUGCCAAGACUUGCCAGGGACCAGAGAGGAUGAGGAGGAUGAUGAUUAUGAGAACAUGGCACCACCCUACAAGGACCUGCCUCCCAAGCCAGAUUCAGUGGCUCCACGAAGGCCUCCAAAGGCAGGAAAGAUAACAGCACCACCCCCACGUCCCUGCAAGCCCCUGACGAUCACAGAUCUGGAGCUCGCUCCUGUCACCCGCACAUCUCCACAGGGCAUUGCUCUGGAGCCCCCUCCAUUCCAGCCGUCUCAAACCACCACUCCAGUGCCCUGGCUCAGUCAAAACUCUGGGGCUCCUGCGUGCUACCAGGAGAAACGACUGAUGGCUUCCCUGUGUCUGCUGCUGGCACUGUCAGUGCUCCUGAGCUGCACUGGUCUGGCUGUGACCCUGGCCAAGUACCAGGAGGUGAUGGAAGAACUGAGGAUGUUAACCUUUCAGCAGAUGGUGUGGCAAGCAAACGUGACUGGCAUGGCAGGGCUAGCUGGCCUGAAGAAGGACAUUGACCGCGUAAGAGCUGACACCAACAAGUCCCUGGUGGAACUUCAGGCCUUAUUAAACUAUACCAGGGUCACCUGCCCCAAGGGCUGGAUCCUGUUUGAGGGCAAAUGUUACUACUUCUCCACAAGCACCAAGUCAUGGGAUGAAGCUCGGAAGUUCUGCCAAGAGAAUUACUCUCACUUGGUCAUCAUCAGUAGCUUAGCCGAGCAGAACUUCGUGUCCAAGGCUCACCGCUCUCCCCGGGUGCACUGGCUGGGGCUGACCGACAGAGACCGCGAAGGGGAUUGGAGGUGGCUGGAUGAGUCGCCCCUCACUUUGAGCUUCUGGGGCCCAGAGGAACCCAACAACAUCCAUGACGAGGACUGCGCCAGCAUGAACAAAGGUGGCACCUGGAAUGACCUCUCUUGCAACAAAAUGACGUAUUGGAUUUGUGAACGGAAAUGUUCCUGUUGAAUCCCAGGGAUGAGGCUGGCCGGGGUCUGUAUCUGAGUGCCCCUUGGCUCCUGGAGAUGAGAACUGCCUGCCUCUCCAUGGAAGGUCUUGCCUCUCCAUGAUCUGUCUUGGACACACCUAUGGCAGAACCAGCAGCCUAGAUGUAGCAAGUUCCCUGGAGUCAGACCAUUUCUAGGGUUCAAUUGAAUGGUGUCUUAGUCUGUUCGAGCUGCUAUAACAGAGUACCAUAGAGUGGGUGAUUUAUAAACAACAGAAAUUUAUUUCUUAAAGUUCUGGAAGCUGGGAAGUCCAAGAUCAAGGUGCAGGGAAAUUCAGUGUUUGGUGAAGUCCCGCUUCCUGGUUCAUAGUCACUGCCUUUUUGCUGUGUCCUCACAUGGUAGAAGGCACAAGGGAGCUCUCUGGGGUCCGUUUUAUAAAAGCACUAAUCCCAUCCACGGGGGCUCCACCCUCAUGACCUAUUCACCUCCCAAAUGCCCCACCUCUGAAUCCCAUCAUACUGGGAGUUGGGUUUCAACAUAAAAAUUAUUGGGGACACACACAUUCAGUCCAUAGCCGAUGGUGAGCUGGAGGGACACCAGGUCUUAGUAAUGGUCUCCCCGUUCUGGGGUUGUGAUCACCAAGUCUUUGAUCACGGCUCUUAGGAAGUGAUGCUGGCUCUGGGGGCUCUGAGUCGGGCAUUGAUUGAGCCAGAGCUGAAAAUACUCUGGGUCCUCUGAACCACGAUGCAUUGGGGGUGGCUCCUUUACUGCCUUCCUGAUGUGUAACAGCUACUAUGAAGCAGGUGAGGCAAGAGUAUUCUUGACAAGUAAUUUUCUCAGUGUCCGGGUGAGGUUUGACAAAGCUAGGUAGCAGAAUCAGACCUCUGCCAAGAUUUGGCCCAUGGAACUUCUAGAAAGGCAGAUCCGCUGAAAGGCAAGACUCCCCGCCCAGUGUGGCCAGGCCAGGACGCGACUUCGUUAGAUCUUCAGGACAGUCAUGGAGAUGUCUACCCAACUGAGAUAUCUGUGGUGUAUAAAGAUCUUUGGUGAAGUAUUUCACUUUACUGCCAUGUAAAAUGGAUCUUCUUGGGUCAUUAGCUCUUGCCACGUUAGAGCUUCUCAAACUGUCAGUUCAUUGUGGGGUCCUUGCCCAGUGUGUUAGUUUGCCGGGCUACCAUAAUAAAGUACCAUAGA